AUGAAGCUCUACUACAUUGGUAUCAUCCGCAAUGAAGGCGGCCAGAACAAGUCUGUUGAGCUCGUCGCCGAAAAGGACCUCAGCGAGUACUCCCGCUUCACCCGCUCCAGCAUCGGCGAGUUCAUGACGCUCUUCUCCAAGACCGUCGCCGAGCGCACAAAGCCUGGCCAGCGCCAGGACGUCGAGGAGCAGGCCUACACCUUCCACGCCUACGGCCGCAGCGAGGGCAUCUGCGGCAUCAUCAUUUCGGACCAAGCCUACCCUCCCCUGGUCGCCCAUCAGCUGCUCGGCAAGGUCGUCGACGAGUUCCUCGCCGCCAGCCCGCGCUCUGCCUGGGCCACCGGCGAGCAUCCCUCCGUCUCCUUCCCCGAGCUCAAGGAGUACAUUGUCAAGUACCAGGACCCCCAGCAGGCCGACAGCAUCAUGAAGAUCCAGCAGCAGCUCGACGAGACCAAGAUCGUCCUGCACAAGACCAUUGAGAGCGUCCUCCAGCGCGGCGAGAAGAUUGACGACCUCGUCGCCAAGUCCGACGGCCUCAGCGCCCAGUCGAAGAUGUUCUACACGCAAGCAAAGAAGCAGAACUCGUGCUGUGUGGUGAUGUAA